CUGCGCGUGCCUCGGAGGUUGCUACCAUAGAUAUCCACUCGAGCAUCCUUCCGCGAGAGGACCAGAACAAGGAAUCAGGUUUUUUUUUCUGCUGGGAAAUGUCAGCAUGUUUCUGCCAGCUGUUCUUAGCCUUCGCAUCUCUUUUUAACCGCAACAAUAAUUGAACUUAUUUUAUAUCAAGGCUGUUCUUCAAGCACAAGCAAACAAAGCGGAGACGUUUCUGAAACAGUUUCCUCGGCUGUUUUUCGAGGCUCGUCGUGUCUUCGGUGCCUUUGCCGCUACAUGCUGCAUCCUGUAUGCACAGCACGCUGCUCCGGUCUUCCCCAACAAAACACACCUUCGUGCCCGAGCACCAUGGCCCGUUCCCGGCGCUUUCCCUAAGAGCCAUGGAAGCCAAACAGCACCCGAUAAAGAGCCUUAAAAGCUACCCGGAAACAGGCGGCCGGAGCCUGGCAGCGGCAGCCGGAGGAGACGGAGGAGGAGCCGGCUCGGCUGAAAUGGAGAUGGAGGCGAAGAUCCAGAAAGCCAUCGACUUCAAGGUGGAGGGUCACCGCUGCUACAAGGAGAAGAAAUUCCGGGAGGCGAUCGGCAAGUACCACCGGGCGCUGCUGCAACUCAAAGGGGUGCAUGUGGCCGACGGGACGACGGGCUCCGAGGUCAACCUGCUGAACCAAGCCGCGGGCAAGCUGACCGAGGAGCAGCGGAGAAACGUGGAGAGCACCGAGAUCGAGUGCUACGACAGCCUGACAGCGUGUCUGUUGCAGUCGGAGCUUGUAAACUACGAGAGGGUGAAGGAGUACUGUCUGAAGGUGCUAAGCCACCAGAGAGACCACUUCAAGGCCAUGUACCGAGCCGGCAUCGCCUUCUACCACCUGGGGGACUACGAAUGUGCUCUACGCUACCUGCGUGAUGCCAAGAACCGCGAACCCUCAGACACCAACGUGCUGCGGUACAUCCAGCUGACAGAGAUGAAGAUGAGCAGGGGUGGUCAGCGGGAACGGGAGAGCUUUAAAGAGACGCAGGGAUAACCCUCGACCUCUUCAACCUCCUGACCCCUCAACCUUUGACCCCUCAUCGACCCUCCCUCUUUCGUCCUCGAUCGACUUCUGACAGCAGCACAGCCCACGGACAGAAGAGACAGACCCAAUCACCCGCCAGCGAUGGAUAAAAACGGGAGACAUAUCAAGCUCUGUCUGCAACCCGACCUCCUUUUCCUCCUCUUCCCUCUUCUUCUCCCUCUAUUCUCCCUCAGGUGCUGUGGCUCCUCUCCCUAGACGCAGACAGUCGAGCAAACUUAAAAAGAAAAUUAAAAAAUGCUGUAUUAUACUCAUACGAAACAGUCAUCGUAGUGGAACAAAAAGGAGCUUCAAAACAUACAUAUGAAUAAUGGACAUUUGCGUGAUUUAGUAAAUGUUUUUAAGACAAAAAAAAAUGCAUUUUGUUUCUGCUCUCUUGCUCUCUCUUUUUCUCUCUGCCUUCGCUCCGUCUUAUUUCGAACUCUCGAGGAGAAUAUCGGGGCCGGGCAGCUCGACCCCACUGGGAGGGGAGGGGGGCAGAGUGUGUGUGUGGGAACAUAAGCAGGUGAUAGUGAGGGGUGUUUGUGUGACACAUAUUAAGACCAUAGCCUAAUUUGAUUGUACAUCCUUCCCCACUAGGGCUUACUCAGGCCGCAGACUGUGGGACAGUCUAGCACGAGAAACCUUUCAUUAAGUAGAGAAAAACGCCCGCCUCUGUGCUUAAUCUAUCACUCUGCUGUCUCACUUUUCUCUCCUGGAUGCCGUAUAACUUAGUUUCUGGACUGUUUUUGUUUUCAAUUCAAGGGCUAAUUCAAGUGUUUGUAAACCGUUACUAGGGUUUUUAAUUUGCUUUUGGUGUCCAUCAUACUCGGUAGUUAUCUGUUGUUGAAAGCAUCCGUGUCUCCAGUGGUUCUUGCUGUCAUCAGGUGUACUAAUGUAGAAACUGGUGUAUCUUGAAUCUAUUGUCCGAAGCCCCUCCUGGGUCAUGUGUUCGCCGUUCAGAAUGUGGAAGCCCCUCCCGCCCCUCUUUAUCCUCCCGUUAAUGAUGUCACAACGGAAAAUAGCCAAUAGGAUCGGAGUUCCAUCAACCGUCGUUGGCUAGAUGGAAAUCCACUUUAAAGUUUCACAGCGACAAACACUUUAAAAUUUCUAAACGGAGGUGCAACCUUUUAUCGGUAACGCUCAAGCUUCCCAGACAGCGAUAACACACCGAGGAGACUCUGGGCAGCGUUAGUGCAGGGGAAACAAUCACACACACAUCUGUCCUGGCGGUCUAGACCGCCAUCUUGCAGCACUCAGCUUUAGUGCACUUCAACUAUAGUGUGCCAUUUGAGAUUUCUUCCUCCUUUAGUUUUUUGAUGGAUAAAACACCUACCUGUGUUUGAAAAUGGUUUAAAAACACAGCAUUCGCAUUAGACAACACUGCUGAUCACAUGGUUUGUGGAUAUCCAUUGCUAGCUGUCAAAACAUACAUAAAUGAUUUGCUUCUCUUGUAACUUGUGAAGCUGAAUCAUUGAUAAUGCAAAUAUUGCUCUUAUAAUAGCUUUGCCACAGGCUUAAAUCUGCCUGCGCUGUUCUGCAGAUGGUUGGAUUGACGAUUUGUGAAAGCAUGACCUGAAAUUCCCUUUAUCUCUGACGCCAUGAAACCCAGUCUCCUCUUUCCCGUGUGCAAGCCCACCUCCUGCAUGUAAUGUGCGGCUCCAGAGAGUCACUUCAGAUGUAUGGGAUAGGGAUUAUAUCUGCUCUAUUGCUUCCUGUCAUGGCAUGCUGCCACACUGUUCUCUCAUACCUAGUUUAUCCAUUCUGCCCUUUACAAACACAGAAGGUGGCAACAGUCUGUGAUCACAGCAGCAUAACAGAUAUCAAAUGAAUCUUGAAAAAAAAAAAAGAGGUCUUUAAUAAAUCAGGGUCACCUUCUGCCUCAGCCAAGGUGAGAGAUAAGAGGUAAUUCCACAGCGUAGGAUAUUCAAAAAGAUGUGGAAGAGGAAAUCAAAGAAAGAUGCUGUAAAAGAUUCAUCCUCCCAAUAUUUCCAGUGACCCGUUAGGAGGUAAAUAGGGACUUAAGUGUGUCAAUGGGACUCUGGAAAGACGGCACCAUGUGUUGAGGGGACCGGCAUGGCACAGAGGGGCUCCAGUGGAAGGAGAAGUAGGCCAUCAUCAUCAUCAUCAUCGUCAUCAUCCCCAGUAGAGCAGCUGCAGCUCCAAGUCACCCCGGCUGCAGAGACACAACAUUACAAACAGGAAACGUUUAUGUCACAUCAUGUGGCUAAUAGUAUGUGGACAUCUGAGCGUUAAAGUCAUAACUUCAGGUAUCACUAUAAAGUGCAUACAUUUCACACUCUGAUUUCAGACACUAAAUAGAGAUUUGAGACACAACUAGACUUUUUAACAGCAGACAUUUUGACUUCUAAAAGCAGGAAAAGCUAAAAGAAGAUUAAACUGUGCAGCCAGAGGUGUCCACUUAGCUUUAUUAGCCUUAUAGUGUACAUGAUAUGAGAUAUUUCUUAAAGUAAAAGUUUGACAUUUUGGGAAAUACGCUUAUACGGAGCUUUGGCAGCAGCAGGUUAGCUUAGCUUAGCACAAAGACUGGAAACAGGGGGAUACAGCUAGCCUGGCUCUGUCCAAAGGUGACAAUAUCCGGCUCCCAGCACCUCUAAGGCUCACUCAUUUACAAGUUAUAUUUUUGUGUGUAAUCUGUACAAAAACUGACAAAAAGUGAAGUAAUUCCCAAAGUGUCGAACUAAUAAGUGACAUCGAAAAUGAAUUCGAUGUCACUCAUUUCUCAGAGAACAAAUCACUGGUGUAAAGCACAGAUCAUUAUAAAGAAAAUGACGUGUAAUUCUCACAAACACCGAGUCAAAAACAUUUGGUCACCCAGCUCUGGGGUUGAGGCUUUGGUAUCCCAGAAGAAAUAAAUCAGCAAACAGCGAUGAAAUGGCCCCUGAAGGCUCGGUCUCCAUGGCUGCCUGGGCUAAGUCUACUCACUCAGGGGCCCCUCAGGGACAGGUCUCCUCCCAUGGUCCUCUCUCCAUGGCACCAGUCCACCAUCUUGUUAUUGUCUGGCUGUGCUAUGUCAUUCUAGCUCAAGGUGUACUACAACCUUCUAGGGACAACUCGCUUCACAUGAAACGAGUUCAUUCGUGGCUGAUCAGUUCUUGUUUAAUGGCAGAGCUGCCGGCGAGGCUGUUAUUGUGAGCGUAAUCUGUGCAAAUAGAGAUAGAGACACCAUCUCUGCAUCAGUGUAACAAAAAGCACAACAAGAAAAAAAAGAGACGGAAUAGUCAAACUGUCUGUGUUAUUUCUGCUCUUUUGCUUUGAUGUCAUUUGAGGUAAAUGUUUGUCAAAUGUCAGAGUAGUUUUUGUGAAUAUAUGAUACAAAUGUACAAAAAAAAAUUACAAAAAUGGAAAGUUUUAUGGUUGUGAAGAGCUUUACUUUACUGAACGACUUUAUCAGCGGAAAAGAAAAGCAAGAGACAGAAAAGAGAAUUUAUAGCUGCUCCACAGAGCUGCUCCGUGACUGCGUCUGUACUUGUUGGUAUUUCUGUCGAUGUCCCUUUUCGUCAAGGGCUCCAGAACCGGCUCAGAGUUUGUGCAUUGACCUCUGACCUGCCUCCUCUGUUUCUGCACGGUAAGAUGAACAGAAACGCAGAGCAGGAGUGAACUCUGAGGAACUUGUAUCAGAGGGCAGAGCUGCUCCUCAAAGCCACAGAUCUCCAUCCUGUUUGGUUUUGUGGAGAUGGAGGGGAAACAGAAGGACACGAAGCUGGGGACGUCAAAACUAGGACUUCGUUUUUGUCCCGCCUCGUUCCCAAGAGGCCUUUUCCCGUUUCAACAUCCAAACAUCACAGGCCUCCGUCACUGGUUUUACUGGUCUGCUGGCCUGGGAAUGCACUAUUGACUUGUAAAAGAAGAUUAUGAAUAAAGUUUCAAACAGAGAAAUAUUA